UCGAAGUCACACUCAUUCCAAAUGUUGAUUGAUCAGAUAUUUACGUUGCUGUUACAUUUCUUAUUGAUUUUGUAUUUUGUCUCCUCAGAAGGAACCGCUUCGAAUGGUGAUUUCACUUGUUCAAGUGGUGAAGAUGACGAUACAGGAACCAGAAGCUUCCUGCUCGACCCUUUGACUCAUUGGCCCAAUGGGGUUGUACCUUACACAAUAGAUCCUGCAUUCUCACAAAAACAAGUAAAAAUCCUAAAGAAAAAUAUGAAUUUAUUAGCAAGAGUAUCUUGUGUGAGGUGGAUUCCUCGGACGAACCAGAAAGACUACGUUGAAAUAGUUCGCAGCCAAGUUCCAGAAUCUUGCAGCACAACUGUCGGUCGAAUAGGAGGUAGACAGACCCUCGACCUGGGAGAUAGAUGCUUCGGCGCGAUGCAUGGCUACAGAGGAGCCAUCCGCCACGAGAUGUUACACACCCUGGGCUUCAUACACGAGCAACAGAGAUUGGACAGGGACUGCUUCGUCUGGGUCUACAACAAGGCUAUAUUAGAAAGUCCGUAUGACUACGCAGUCACACUGGACACAUCCACGUCAUUUCCGUACGAUGUGAAGAGCAUCAUGCACUACCCACCAAGCAAAAAUAUGGUUCCUAUACAAUUAGGGGAAGACAUCGGUAACAAAGCCGGCCUUCUAUCCAAAAUGGACAAAAUGAAACUGAACUAUAUGUAUUGCGGGGGAAAGUCUUACUGCGAGAUAGAUCCAUUUAACUGCAAAAUACUCAGACAAGUUGUGAAGAGGUGUAAACUAAUGCUGGAUAAAUCGGAUAACUAUGUGACUCAUGAAUACCGUGGAUGAGUUCCUUACCAUUUCUGUUUCUACUUCCAAAGAUAAAAUAAAAUCUAAUUAUUACUAAGGAUAUUGAAUAUACAUAAGGAUUAUUGAUAAGUUUGAUAUAACAUAGAAAUACAGAAUCUAAUUGUUUUACAUUCAAUAAUGUGAUUGAUCAAUUUUGGUGAUCAAAGUUUGUUUGUUCAUUUUUUUAUUUAAAAAAAUCAAAAGUGUCUUCAUGUAUUCAGAAAACGUGCUGAUUCA